UUCCUCCGGUGCUUUCCACCACCCUCGCUUUCAUCUUCCUCUUCUGCGCUCCUCCAAAUCCCUCGCCUUUGUCUUCCGAUUGAAGCAACUCCCCUCCUCCGCCUUCCUCCGAGAUCGUCUCCUGCUGCAAGGUCCGCCCUUCGAAAUCGUUCCUUGAUGUGCCCCCGCCUCGAUGGUCAAUUAUCCCAGUUCGGACCAACUGGGAAAUACUUCCAGAUAAAUGGACCAAAUCUGCUGUAGUUUCAGGUUAUGUAAGUACAUAUGCAAUCGGCAAUGCCUACCUACAAGUUGGUGGAAUUCACUGCGAAGCUGGUACAGAGCCUCAUAUUUUAAGUUCUUUGGGAGUUAAGUGAUAAGGUCUUUCUUGUUUGCUGGGAAAGCUUCAUUAUGGAAAAGUAUAGACUGAUAAAGGAGAUUGGAGAUGGAACCUGUGGAAAUGUUUAUAAAGCACUCAAUAGAGAAAAUAGUGAGAUAGUUGCCAUCAAGAAAAUGAAGAGAAAGUUCUACUUCUGGGAGGAAUGCAUGAAUCUACGUGAAGCUAAGUCUCUUCGUAAGUUGAAUCAUCCCAACAUUGUCAAUUUGAAGGAGAUCAUUAGAGAAAAUCAUGAGCUUUUCUUUAUUUUUGAACAUAUGGAUCAUAACCUAUACCAGGUCAUGAGAGAUCGACGAACUCCUUUUUCUGAGUGGGAGAUACGGAGCCUCAUGUCACAAGUAUUGCAAGGUCUUGCAUACAUGCAUAAGAAUGGAUACUUUCAUCGGGAUCUAAAACCUGAGAAUCUUUUGGUGACUCGUGAUUUAAUCAAAAUUGCGGAUUUUGGAUUGGCAAGAGAAGUAAUGUCAGAGCCUCCAUAUACUGAAUAUGUUUCUACAAGAUGGUAUCGGGCCCCUGAGGUGUUAUUGAAAUCUUCGUCGUACACCCCUGCAAUUGAUAUGUGGGCUGUCGGUGCGAUACUAGCAGAGCUUUUUAUGCUGUCUCCACUUUUCCCUGGUGAAAGUGAGAUAGAUCAGAUAUACAGAAUAUGCACCAUUCUUGGGACUCCAGAUAACUCUGUUUGGCCAGAAGGGAUGGUCCUUGAACGAUCUGUCUAUUUUAACUUCUUUCAGUUUCGGCCUGCCAAUCUCUCAGAUAUUAUUCCUAAUGCCAGCUUGGAAGCAAUUGAUUUGAUCCUGCAACUUUGCUCCUGGGACCCACAAAGGCGGCCAACUGCCGAGCAGUCAUUACAACACCCUUUCUUCCAUGUUGGCACGUGGGUUCCAUGUCCUCUUCAGGAUUCUUCUCAACUAAAGAAAAAACAAACUGGAGAUAAGCCAAAGCUUGAAUUGAAUCUAUGGGAUUUUGGCACAGAAUCAGACGAUUGCUUUCUUGGUUUAACAUUAGCAGUCAAGCCUAGUAUUCCUGACAGAGAGGUUGGAAACCAUGUUUUGCAACAACCAAGUGAGGACUUCUUGUUUUACACCAGAUAUCAGGACCACUCUAGUCAAUCAGGUUCAGUCUUUUGGCCCUUGUUAUCCUCAGAUCAUAACAUCAAUGAUGUGAGAAACAUAUCUUCCUUACCAUCACCAUACAUGCUAAGCAGCCAAGCUUCCUUAAUGACGGUUGGCGUUCCAGAAUCAUCCGCGUUUGCGUUCCCUGCAGUGCAGCCAAACCUACUGGACAACAGCGCAUUUGGACCAAUGAUGUCUCUUUCUUCGCCCAUCCAGCAUGGUCGCUUGUUCGAGUAACCACCUUUUGGACUUUUUCUUUUUCUCUUUCUUCAAUUUUUUUUUUACAAUUAUACAAAAGAUUGGCAUUUGAGACGGUCAAAUAAGCGGAUGAGUAGAUGUGGAAACUGUUGAUGUAGUUUGCUAUUUUUGUAGAGAAUGAUCUACAGAAUAAGAGACCCUUCUGUACAUAUCAGUGAAAUAUAAUGGAACUGUGACAAACUGAUGAAUGAUAAGAAGAAGAUUCAUGUUGGACCUUA